CUAAUUAUCAUGAGGAAGAAGAGGAGGAUAUCAACUUUUAGAGACGAAAUUUAGUAAAGUUUAAGCAUAAGAAAUGUAAAUCGCGAUGAACCCAAACACUGUAAAUAAUGCAACGCAACGUCAAUGCAUGCAACGCGCAGUUCGCAUAUGAGUGGUGAGCGCGGGAAAACGCGGAUCGCGUCCGCAGCAGCAACAACAACACCGACCGUCUCAGACAUAUCCAAUUGCAAGUUGCAAUUCCGAUGAACACAACUCAACAAUAAUAAUAUUUGGCACAAGAAUAAGUGAAAGUGAACCACCGAGUGGGCGCCUGGCGCAAAAAUAAUAUGGAACAGGUCGACUCCUCUACCGAGCUGCACCUGAAUAGGAAAGAUCUGGCCGCGCUGGCCGACGACGUUGUGAAAGAAGAGGUGAUAUUGGAGAGUUCGGGCCAUCACCAUCAUCAUCAUCAGCAUCACCAUCAUCAGUUGGACUCCAAGGUUCGCAUGGUCACAUCCUCCUCAAACGACAACAGCGGCAGCGGCGGCGCCAGUGGCGGAGCAAGCGGACCCGGUGGCCAAAGCGGCGGUGGCAGCGGUGUGGUAUCUGUGCCUGUGUCCCUGCCUAUUGGAUCGAUGCUAACCGGCACCACCUUUAAUGUGAUCACGCCCGACCAGCUGCCUCACUUCAAGCCGAUGCUGUGCGUCGACAACAAUGGCUACCUGUCCGGCAGCACGGUCAGCAUGGGGAACGACCUUAAGACGAUCGUUAUUCAGCAGCAGCAACAGACGCAGCCUGGCGGCGGCGGCGGUGGAGGCGGAGGUGGCGCCAACAGUGCAGGCACCAACACGACCGCAACCAAUACGAUUGGACUGAACCACGAUGGCUCCGGGAGCAAUAACAGCCACGACAGCUUGGCCACCUUGGAACACACCGGCGCUGGAGGAGCGGGCACUGGUGGUGGCGGCGGCACAGGCGGUGGGUCCACCGGUUGGUCGGAGAACCCGUCCACCCAGCACAUGGAGGUCUUCCAGAUCCGCUGUAAAACCACCUGCGCCGAGCUAUACCGCAGCAAACUGGGAUCGGGCGGACGUGGUCGCUGCGUCAAAUACAAGGAUAAGUGGCACACACCCAGCGAGUUCGAGCACGUGUGCGGUCGGGGCUCUAGCAAAGACUGGAAGCGCUCCAUCAAGUACGGCGGCAAGUCGCUGCAAUCCCUCAUCGAUGAGGGCACGCUCACGCCGCACGCGACCAAUUGCAGCUGCACGGUCUGCUGUGACGAUGAAGCAGGUGAGUCAGCAUCCGGCCCAGUGCGUCUCUUCACGCCGUACAAGCGGCGGAAGCGAAAUCAAACUGAUCUCGACAUGGAGCCGGGACCCAAACGCAAGCGCAAUGCCCAUCAUAGCAACAACAAUAAUAGUAAUACCAAUAACAACAACACGAGCGGAGGGAGCACAGCCAACAAUUGUGUGGACGUGACCGCCGCCGUGGCUGCAGCAACGGCCAAUGUGGUGGACGAGAACAACAUGUUCCUGGCGGAGGAGAAUAUAACGUCCAAGGAUGAACCGUGGGCGGCGUUAAACGACAGUUUGGAUACUUCCACCGAGCUAGUUGAUCAGUCCCAAAUGGGCAACGCCUAUGAGCGGGAAACGUUUGUGGUCAACAUAAACGAUGGCUCCUCCAUCGCCGUCCUGGACACCAGUCAAUCGAUAAAGAAUAUCGAGCACGUCUACUGCACCAUGGUCAAGGCAACUAAUGAUUUCAAGCGCCUGCUGAACGACAUGAAACAGUCCUACGAGCGUCGCAUCGAGGUCCUGCAAAAGGAACGCGAUGCGGCAGUCAGUGCAAUGCGUGUCCAAGUCCAUGCGGACAUUGACGAUCCCAAUAUAUCUGGUUCCCUGCAUGGAAAUGAGAUCAUAUCGGCCAAGAAGUGCGCCAACUGUAACCGAGAAGCACUGGCCGAGUGCUCACUGUGUCGAAAGACGCCGUACUGUUCAGAGUUUUGCCAGCGCAAGGAUUGGAACGCUCACCAGGUGGAAUGCACAAGAAAUCCACAGACAACGCAACAGGUCAUGCUGUUGAUCGAUGAUCAGUCCUAAGCAACAUAACGAAUUGUACAUAAAAAUUUUACUACUAAUUAAUACGAUCGAUUAUACAAAGUUCCCCUUCCCCAUCCUUGAUACUAAGUGGUCCAUAGACCAUCCCACUCCCCGCCCCUGCUUCCCUUGAGCAAGUUGUCGGCAUCCUCUUAGACUUAUGUCCUAUAUUAAUGUAAUUCUUAACGUAUAACUAUAUAAAUAUAUAUAUAUACAUUUUACUAUUGAACGUAGGGCAACCCAGCAGAAAAGAAAAAAAAAAAAACAAACGAAAUAAAAGUAAUUAAAAAAAGAGUAAAAGGUAGCAAGCGAAAAUCAAAGCAAGUGCAAAGGCGUAGAUAAUUAAUUAAGCUACGAUUUGAAAGUAACAAGAACCUAAACCGAUUACAUGUAAUUCAAUUUAAAUUUAAUUAAAUUAAUAAUAGUUGCAAAGCGCGCAUAGCAUAACUGACAAGAGACCCCCGACCUAUCUAUCCCCUAGCCCAUACACACCACUCAUUCACAGUGAAGGAAUAUGGAAAGAAAGAUAAAAUCGUAGCGAAGAUAACACACAAAUUCUGAAAUUACCAUACAUAUUCGUCUAUGUAUACACCUUUCAUUAGAUCUAAGCGCAUAGUUAAACUUUUAACAUUUUACCAUUAUAAUUUUAUGGAUACUACUGCCCGUUACAAGCAUCCAAUAAUAAAGAUUUCAAACAAGAAAACCACAACAGAGCUGCAUCUAAACGUAAGCAAAGAAUUCCGAAUUCCGAUUCUAUCCGCAGCAUAGUUAUUGAUAGCGAUUGAUGACAACAAUUCGCAAAACUACUGUCUGUUUAGCUGUGUGUAAAUGUGUCUCGUAGGGUUUUCCUCCGUUCUCCUCCUUCCUCCCAUUUGUAAAGUUUUUGCCUCCCCCAGCUAAUAGUCUGUAGUCUCCAUAUGCUAAUACAUCCAUAUAUGUAGUAUAUAUAUAUAUAUAUACAUAUAACGAAAGAUAUCUUUAAACAACUAGCUAUAUAUUCCGAUUCAAGCACACCCCCACACACGUUCAUACACUGAGAUAAACGGCAAAACCUAAAAUCAAAUCUUGAUUUUCAUGUCUGUAUGUAAUGGUUUCGGAUACUACAAAAUUUAAUCUAGACAACAGCUACACUGCAAGAAAAUUCAAUAGCACCCGAUAACUGACAGCAUACUGAAACACAAAUCAAAACACGAGCGCAAGGUGCAGAUAGAGAGAGAUCAAUGGGAGAAGUUCGGAUA